AUGGGCUUUGCCAUGAAGCACAAGAAAGGCCUAAAGAAAAUGCAGGUAAAUAAUGCAAAAGUAAUGAGUGUACAUGCAGAGACCAUCAAGGCCCUUCUGAAGCCCGAGAUGGUUAAGCUCAAGAUGCCAAAGUGCCCCAUCCACAAAUUUAGCAAUCUUGCUUUCAUUGCUCAUCCCAAGCUUGGAAAGCUGAUUAGAAGAUAUGUGACCAAGGAUAGUAGGCUCUCCCAACCAAAGCCCAAGGUCCAAGCCAAGGCAGAGGCCUCAGCUGUAUCUCAGACCCAGGCUUCAGCUCCAUUUCAGACUCCCAAAGAGGCCUAA